CCCCAGGCUGGGGAGAUGGAAGAACAGGUGUUCAAGGGGGACCCAGAUACCCCUCAUUCCAUCUCCUUCUCGGGCAGUGGAUUCCUCUCCUUCUACCAGGCCGGGGUGGUGGACGCCUUUCGGGACCUGGCUCCCCGGCUGCUGGAAACGGCCCAUCGCUUUGCUGGGACGUCGGCAGGUGCAGUGAUUGCAGCCUUGGCCGUCUGUGGGAUUGAAAUGGAUGAGUACCUCCGAGUCCUCAGUGUGGGUGUGGCCGAGGUGAAGAAAUCCUUCUUGGGGCCCUUGUCCCCGUCCUGUAAGGUGGUGCAGAUGAUGAGGCAGUUUCUGUACCGGGUCCUGCCUGAGGACGCCUACAAGGUCGCCACGGGGAAGCUCCACGUGAGCCUCACCCGGUUCACGGAUGGAGAGAGUGUUGUGGUUUCAGAAUAUACAUCCAAGGAAGAGCUAAUGGAGGCCCUGUACUGCAGCUGCUUUGUCCCUGUGUACUGUGGCCUCAUUCCUCCAACUUACCGCGGCGUGCGGUACAUCGACGGGGCCUUCUCGGGCAUGCAGCCCUGCUCCUUCUGGACGGACUCCAUCACCAUCUCCACCUUCAGUGGUCAGCAGGACAUCUGCCCGCGGGACUGCCCCGCCAACAUCUGUGACUUCCGCAUAUUCAACUGCUCUUUCCAGUUCUCCCUGGAGAACAUUGCCAGGAUGAUCCAUGCCCUGUUCCCCCCAGACCUGGUGAUCCUGCACGAUUAUUACUACAGAGGGUACGAAGAUGCUGUUUCGUACUUGAGGCGGCUGAAUGCUGCUUACCUUAAUUCUCCUUCCAAGAGAGUGAUUUUCCCCUGGGUAGAAGUGUACUGCCAGAUAGAACUCGCCCUUGGCAAUGAGUGCCCUGAACACUGUCAACCAAGCCUCCAAACAGAGCGGGCCAGUCCAGAAGAAUCCAGACAACUUCACACACAAUGGGCUCCCAAAGGGGAAAGAAAAGGUGGCCGUGAUCCACCUCUGUUCCCACCUGUGCAGACACCUGAAUCCACAUGUGAGUGGCCUGUGGCAUCACCUGUUUCACCACCUGCAUCGCCACUGGCCUCAUCACCAUCACAUUCUCCAACUGACUUGCCACCUGUAUCACUCCCAGCUGUGCACUUCCUCCCCAGCUCAACACCUGGGCUGUCACCCGUAUCACCAUCACAGCAGGUACAACUGACUGGAUCACCACCCAGAUCCCCACCCCCCCAGUCAUCUAUGUCAUCCAGGACGUCCCUGGGGCCUUCCGCUGUGGGCACAUCUCCAACAUUGCCCCAGUGUUCUUCUUCAGCAUCACCUGCACAGCCACCUGUGGAGGAACUGGGCCCAGAACAGCCCCAAGGAAACUGUGAGCCGAGAGAGAAAACUUGAGCUGGAACGGGAAAGAACCUGACGGCCACAAGGCCAAGGCUUCUCCCCGCUGCUCUCAGACGCCCUCCUCUCACCCCAGGCCUUUCGGGGACCUGCGUGCCGCCCACCACCAUGCCUGUUGAUGUAGAGGGUCCUGCUUCCCCCAGGCAAGAGCCUUUUUGUCUAAACAUCCUCCCAGCUUCCCUGCAGUCCUUCCACUACUCUGCUCUGGACAGACAGAUGGACGUCAGCGCAGACGGGCACUGAAGAGCGAGCAGCACAGCCUCCUCCCAGCUGGCUGGGCUCUGGGCCUUCCUCCCAACCUAGCCUGAGUUCACACUUCUUCAAGAUCCUAGCCCCACAAGAUCUCAUCCACAGGGCAAAACUGUUGCCAGUCAGGCAGAGCUGAGCCAUGGACACACUUUCCUGUUUCCUAUGGUGUCAAGAGACCACAUCUUCUUCUGUUGCUUGUUUUUUGUUCACAAAGCGUGCAAAAGGCUUGACUUGGAACCAGU